AUGCCCGAACCAACUUUCCAGCUAUGGGAAUUCACCCUCCUCCACGGCAAAGACAUGCACUACCUCGUCCUCAUUCAACUCACGCACAACGAGACUUCGCUCGCCAACCUAAAGCGAAACCUCAACAAUGCAAUUUCUCGUGGUGAAGUCGUCAUUCAUCCGCGGGUGUACACGAACCAAGACGUGAUCAACAUACAGACGUCUGCGGUUGACGUCAUUAGACUGUUUGAGAGCACGAAUGAUUGUGUGGAUCUUAUUGUUGCGAGUGGGGAGCUGGAUGUUAAGAAGGCGAGGCAUAAGGCGAGAGAGAAGGAGGAGGAGUGGUUUGAGGCUGUUUUUGGGGAUUCAAAGUUUCCGAGGUGGGAGGGUUUGGGGGGGAGGGUUGUGAGUUUGUUUGAGGGGAGGUAUUGGCCGGUGGAGGGUGAAGAGGAGGCGAGUUGA